AUGUUGUCCAAGGCAAAAAUGAUAAAGGAGAAUCACACUGCAUUGUCUGACUUCAUUUUCAUUGGAUACUCUGAAUUCAAAGUUCUGCAGGUGUUGCUCUUCGUGGUGUUCCUGUUGAUCUAUGUGAGCAUCGUUACAGGAAAUGGACUCAUAAUUUACAUUACAGUGACUGAUCCUACCCUUGAUACCCCAAUGUAUUUCUUUUUGAAGAGCUUGUCAUUUCUGGAGAUCUUCUACACCUCAGUCACCCUCCCCAAAAUGCUAGUCAAUUUUUUGGCACAAAACAAGAACAUCUCAUUUGUUGGGUGUGCUACACAGGUUUACUUCAUUCUUUUCCUUGGAGGCACAGAGUGCUUCCUACUGGCUGCCAUGGCCUAUGACCGAUACGUGGCCAUAUGUAACCCUUUGCAUUAUAAACUCAUCAUGCGCAAGGAACUCUGUUUAGGACUUGUUACCGGGUCAUUGACUGUCAACAUACCUGUCCAUAUAGGACAGAUAUACCUACUGUUUACCUUGCCCUAUUGUGACUCUCAUGAAAUUAACAAUUUUUUCUGUGAUAUCCCACCUGUGUUGAAACUGGCCUGUGCUGACACCUUUGCAAGUGAGGUUUAUAUGGUUGCAGCCUCUGCAGUUAUCCUAAUCCUCCCCUUUUGCCUUAUCUUUGUUUCUUAUGUAAAGAUCAUCUCAGCCAUUUUGAAAAUGUCUUCAAUUGAAGGAAGGAAGAAAGUGUUUGCCACUUGCUCUUCACACCUUAUCAUGGUAUCUCUCUUUUAUGGUUCAGCAACUAUUGUCUAUGUAAGUCCCAGGUCAAGAGAGACAUUGAUUGUGAACAAGUUGCUUUCUUUGUUCUAUACAAUUUUAAUUCCUAUGCUUAAUCCCAUCAUCUAUAGCCUGAGAAAUAGAGAAGUGAAGAUUUCCUUGAGAAAAUUGUUUAGGAGAAGCAUCUGA